UCCCCACAUAAACGUUUCUGUCAGCGGAUGGUUUUGGACACUAGUUUUACUCAACCCAGUCAGUUAUCAAGGCGGCGUUUGGACGUGAAACGUCUUUUUUCGGAACUGGGUCUCCAGCGGAGAGAAAAAGUUAAAUAGGCCUAUAACAAUACAAAGAAUCAUGGAAAUAAAUGGUACUGCUGGCAGAAUCGGUCUAGAGGGAGAUGUGGACCUGCAGUUUUUAUUUAAGGGUGGAGACCUAUUAAAGGUGAAGUCCAGCUCAUGGAAGAAGACUCGCUUCUAUCAGCUGAUGGAAGACUGCAAGACUGUGAUGCACCAGUCCAGAAAGACUUUUAAGAGAAACCCAACCUUCAACCUGGAGGACAUUGAAUCAGUACGGUAUGGCCGUCAGUCUGAGGGGUUUCAGAAGUACACUGACUCCUCUGUGGAGGACCGCUGCUUCACCAUCAUCUUCAAAAAUCGACGCAAGAACCUUGACUUGAUUGCUAGUUCCAAAGAGGAGGCCAAACAGUGGGUCAAAAGUCUGGAGAAGGUCAUGAACCGCAUGAGCAACCUUACCCGCCAAGAAAAUAGUGAACACUGGUUCUACAGCUGUAUGCGCAAAGCAGACAAGAACUCUGACAACAAAAUGUCCUUGAAGGAGUUGAAGCAGUUUCUUGGGAAUAUCAAUAUAGAAGUGGAUGACAGAUAUGCUGAGAAUCUAUUUAAGAAAUGUGACACGUCAAACUCAGGCACUCUUGAGGGAGCAGAGAUUAAACAAUUUUACGAUUUGUUGACUUACCGUGAAGAAAUUGACAUAAUCUAUGGAAAGUACAAUCACACUAAUGGACAGAUGAGCUCAGCUGACCUGCUUAGCUUCCUCCAAAAUGAGCAGAAGGAGCCUGUGUCAUUGGAUUAUGCCCUAAACCUCAUCAACAAAUAUGAAGUGGAUGAGACAGCCAAACAGAGGAAGCACAUGACCAAAGACGGCUUCCUGAUAUUCCUGAACCAGGAGGAAGGUGGCAUCUUUAAUCCUGCCCACAAAGAUUUGUUCCAAGACAUGCGCCAACCGCUCAAUCAUUAUUUUAUUUCCUCUUCCCAUAACACUUAUCUGAUGGCUGACCAGCUGAAAGGACCAAGCAGCACAGAGGCCUAUGUCAAAGCACUGAUGAAGGGCUGCCGCUGUGUGGAGCUGGAUUGCUGGGAUGGUGCAAAUGGGGAACCGGUUAUCUACCAUGGUCACACCCUCACAUCCAAAGUGCUUUUCUCAGAUGUCAUCAGGGCCAUCCAAAAAUAUGCUUUUAAAACCUCACAGUAUCCAGUGAUCUUGUCUAUUGAGAACCAUUGCACCCUAGAGCAGCAAAAAGUCAUGGCCUAUCACCUAACCUCCAUCCUGGGUAAUGCUCUGCUCACUCUACCCUUGGGCAACCACAUGCCGAGCACUUUUCCAGGACCUGAGGAAUUGAAAGGUCGUUUCUUGAUCAAGGGUAAGUGUUUGAAAAAACUUGAUGCGGCAUUCAACAACAACACUACAGAGGAUGUGGACAGUGUUUCUGAGGAAGACGAGGCUGCUGAAUUGAAAGAGAAUGAACAGAAGGUCAUGGGCAAGUCAAAAAAGAUAAAGCUAGCCAAGGAGCUGUCAGAUCUGGUCAUCUACUGCAAAAGUGUCCAUUUCAGUGGCUUUGAGCACUCAAGAGAUAACCAGGCCUUUUAUGAGAUGGCUUCCUUUAAGGAGAGCAAAGCUAUGAACCUGGCAGAAAACUCAGGUAUGGCAUAUAUUCAUCACAACAUGGAUAAGCUAAGUAGAAUCUACCCAGCUGGAUCUAGAACCGAUUCGUCCAACUACAACCCUGUGCCAUUGUGGAAUGCUGGCUGCCAAAUAGUGGCUCUAAACUUCCAGACUCACUGUAAGGAGAUGGAUCUAAACCAGGGCCGCUUCUUACCAAAUGCCAGGUGUGGCUAUGUACUGAAGCCAAAGUUCCAGAGAGACCCGGCCUCCCAAUUUGACCCUAAAAACCUCAGUGUAGGCCCUUGGCUGCAAAGGAAGACUGUGCACAUCAUGAUCAUCUCAGCCCAGCAGCUGCCUAAACUCAAUAAGGACAAGCCUAAGUCCAUUGUGGACCCUCAAGUGCGGGUUGAGAUCUGUGGUGUACCAGCUGAUAAUGACACCAAGCAAACACAUCAUAUUGACAACAACGGUUUCAAUCCUAAGUGGAAUACAAACUUUAAAUUCAUUGUUCAUGUGCCAGAACUGGCUUUGGUACGGUUUUUGGUGGAGGAUUUUGAUGCUGCUUCCUUUAAUGACUUUAUUGGCCAAUACACUGUACCCCUCACCAGCAUGCAGAACGGAUACCGUCAUGUACCUCUGCUCACAAAGAGUGGUGAUGCCAUUCCUUCAGCUGGACUGUUUGUACACAUCAUGGUUCUUGAUGCUUAAUAUACUACAACAUUCCCCUCAUUCAUCUCAAUGCCAAAGUGUGAAGGUCACUGAACAAAAUUCUCACCUGCUAACACAUUCUAGCAAACAUCUCUCCAAGAUUUGGACUUGCUUUUCAGAUGUGCCUUGCAUAAAUUCUUUUCCCAUCAUCGGGCCAAACAGUUAUCAUCACAAAACCGUACCGUUCCAUGCCAGCUAGCGCAGUGACGGUUUCCUUUUCCACUGUGGUGUGGUGAAAUGUGGAGAAUGUACGCAACAGAUCCGGCUGUUUGCAAUAGUGUUAGAGGUAAACAUUGGAGCGAGUGCGCUAUGGAAGAUAAGUGCAUAAUCCGUAUAUUAUACUUCUUUUUUCCCUGGUUUUACUCUGCUAACAAACAGCAAAGACACAGAAAUUCCACAAAAAAGGAAAGUAGAGAGAAAAAGGCAAGAGGUUUACCACCAUUUGCUGAGAGAUUGUUUUUGACACCGGACACAUACAUGCAGAAAGUGAAAUGUUCCCAGACUAGCUAAAAUGAUAUUUAUUGACAAAAGUAUUAUAUAUAAAAUAGUAUAUGAGGAUAUAUUACUGUAUUUUUAGUUUAAAUGAGCUAGUAAUCUCAUUCCUUGAUGUAAAAUUUGUUUAGAAAAUUAAAUGUAGGCUACAGUACUAGUUAAAACCAUCAUAAUAAAACCAUGAUGACACACUAAACGAGUCGCCACAUACUAAAGCCGUUCCACCAGCAUGGUUGAGAACGGUUGAGUACGGUUAGCUAGCCAUGGCGAGAAUUCCGGGCCAAAAAUGGUUUAUAAUCUUGCCAUGCUGAAACUUGCUCAAGUGGAAAUGCUACUUUAAUCGUUAUGUGCUCAGAACAGUUCAGCCCGAUGGUGGAAAUGUAGCUAUAAAUUCAUCCUCAUGUAGUUACAAACACAUAGGACUAUCAUAUGACAAAAAAAAUGUUAGGCCUGGAGACCUUUAGGCAACAGCCCCAUAUAUUUUCACACAAGUCAAUUGCCUUCUUUCUCAGAACUCCCCUUGCACGUUUGUUUAUUCACUUUACCCCUUUAAAUACUACUUUGAAAACAUUUGAAUAAAUUCGAUUUAAAUAAAUGGUCAAAUUUGAAUAUAGUUGGCAAAGUUGACAAUGCUUUCGGGCUACCAAUAACAGAGAGUAGUACUUUCAGAAUCAGAUCCAUAUAACAUAUAACAUAUUAAACUCCACAAUCACUGCAGAAAACAUCAGAAAUGUGUGCAGAUUCAGUGCAGGUCAAGUUAUUGCACAAAAAGUUGUAAUGUGUUUGGUGAAGCUUUAGUGACUCUCCUGUCUAAAUCAGUAGCACAUUAAUUGUGCAGUUUUUGGCAAUUAACAAUUUGGAAGCAUUAAAGUUGUAAACAAUUAUUAAACAUAUUUAUUUAGUGUUAAAGGUGGGACCUAACACUGUUUCCUUAAAACAAAAUA